GCAAGUUCAUGACCGUUUGAGACACGACCGUUUAAAUGAAUCAGUUGUAGUAAGAUUUUAAACUUUAAAGCGCUUGGAGCCACUCUGAAUCUCACUGAAUCCAUCUCGUUCUCUCUACUCUCCUUGGAAAAUCGAUUGAUCAAUCGAAAAUCGUAUCUGAAGUCUGGUUAGAAUCUGAUCUUCCGGAAUCUAAAGUAUCCUGGGCAUAUUGAAGUUUGUUGGUCCAAAAUAAAAGGAGCCACCAAUGGCAAACAUACGAGCACAAGGGAAGCUGAUCUUUCAAGAUGAGAAUUUGGGUAUCCUUCAUAAAGAAAAGAAUUUGGGUAUUGUUCAUAAAGGGGCUUCUGUGAAUGGAAAAGCAAAUAGUUUUAAAGAAUCCAAGAAGAAAGGAGCAGGAGGAGGACUUGGCCAUCGGAAAGCACUCAAUGAUAUUUCCAACUCAUCUCACAUUCGGCAAGAGGCCUCAUCAAAGAAGAAUAAUAAUAAGUUGAAGGAGUUCAAUAUUGCUGAAGAAAUGUGUUUGCAUGAUCACAGAAAGUGCAUAGAGGCACGGACAGCAGCUAUGGAUCGGUAUCAUAUGGACAGAUUCUUUUUAGAUCAUGUGAUAGUAUCUCCAGUAACAUCUCCAAAGUCCAAAACAUCAAAGGCUGGUUUUGGUAGCCCUCCCAAGUCUCUGGAGUUGAUACCAUCACCUGAACUGUCAAAGCCUUCAGCAUGGUUGAGCAGAGACUCUUCCAUUUUGUGGGACUGUCCUUCCCCAGUACGAUUUGAGGCACUCACUGUUGAUUUUUCUCUCAAGUCAGAUGCUAAGGAUUAACUGCCAAAUCUGGAGUUGAUACCGGCAUUCUAAACAGGGAUUAUCCUCAUUCCCCAAUGCAAUUUGAUCCACUUGGGUUUAUCUUGAACAAGCUAGAUGCUAAUGAUUGAAUGAGUUACAUUUUCUUGUGAUGAAAUAUAGCAAAUAUUCCCCAAGGACUGUCCUCCUUCCCCAGUAUGAUUUGAGGCACUCACUGUUGAUUUUUCUCUCAAGUCAGAUGCUAAGGAUUAACUGCCAAAUCUGGAGUUGAUACCGGCAUUCUAAAUAGGGAUUAUCUUCAUUCCCCAAUGCAAUUUGAUCCACUUGGGUUUAUCUUGAACAAGCUAAUGCUAAUGAUUGAAUGAGUUACAUUUUCUUGUGAUGAAAUAUAGCAAAUAGUUAUAUA